CUUUUGCCUAAAUUCAUCAAUAGUGAAGAUGUUCGACACGAGUCGAUACAUUUUCUACAAGGAACUAGAAUAUUUUUUUGUUUUUGUUGUGAUAUUUAAAAAAAAUAUUGUGAGGCUUAACUCAAUCGAACAGGUUUAUGAAAUUAACACGAAAACUGUCUCUCGUUCUCUACAUAUUAUCCAUAUAUCUUGAAUCUAAUCACUGGCAGUGAUGAAUAGUUCAGUGCUUCAAAUCGCCCGUGAAACUUACACAGUUACAAUAGAAGUAAUCAACAGUGGAAAUGGAGAGAAGCAUUGUAUUUGCUACUAGUGCAAUCCAUUGCUCAGCAAUUCAAAUUCAAUUUGAAUAAUAAUCUCUCCUACACCAUUACUGGAGACUCGUGAAUUAAUUAUUCGAUCUUCUUGGAUGAAGGUACAAGAAGGAAUCCAAAAGUUUUUUGAAUGAUAGUGCAUCAUCAAAAAAAACCCUGUGUGACCAUUUGUGUUGUAUAAUAGUUAUUUUCGCAAUUAAUUCCCAAAUUACUAAUCUAUAUCAAGACUCAUCUUUUUUCAAAUUCAAUUUUCAAAGAUUGAGAAAGUUAGACUUUUUGAAGACAGUGAUUCAACAAAUAGUGAUCGGUUUUGAAAGUGUGGACCACUCACUCCUUAAAUGAACAAGGUCCAAUUAUUCAGUGAUUUGCUCCGUUUUUCAAACAAGUACUUCUCAAAAUGGAAGUGAUAGCUGAAGAAAAUAUUGGACAUCCGGCCGUAGACGAGGAUGCUGAUGAAUUGGAGGGGGCAACGGCUCUCCCCAUCUCUAAGGCGGAGAAGUCCGGAGUGUCCGGUGGAUCCGAGGCGGCCGGAGCCCCUUCCAAGCAGUUGUCAGAGCCAUCCGGAGGAGCGUCCGGAGCAUCCGGAAGAUCGGAGGAGGUGGAGGAGGUGGAGGAGGGUGCUGUGGGAGGCACAGAUGACUCCGUCAUCGUGGCGGCCACUUCCGGAAUGUGUCUGGUUCCGGUGCGGCGUCCGAUCUAUCCGGAUGUGCCAUUCUCGCCGUAUUCUUCACCGCGAUCCGUACGGCGUCGCCCGCCUCUCAAGGAGAGUCGCCGUGUCAGCAUCGACAAGUCUGGCAGCUUUCUUCAACUAAACCAGUAUCGCUUGAUGGAUUCCAUCGGCCAGGGCUCUUACGGCUUAGUGAAACUGGCUUACAAUGAAGAAGAUGAUACCCAUUAUGCUAUGAAAAUCUUGUCUAAGAAGAAACUGUUGAAGAGAUCGGGAAUUUUUGGACGGGCUGGUCCCAACAGGAAAACAAAUGCUACAAACCCGCUUGAUAGAGUAUAUCGGGAGAUAGCUGUACUCAAAAAACUGGAUCAUCCCAACAUUGUCAAGCUGGUGGAAGUUUUGGACGAUCCUCUCGAAGACCACUUGUACUUAGUUUUCGAACUGCUUGAGAGAGGCGAGGUGAUGCAUGUUCCAACAAAGACUCCGCUAUCUGAAGAAACUGCUUGGAGAUAUUUCAGAGAUGUGAUUCUAGGCUUAGAAUACUUGCACUUUCAAAGAAUUAUUCAUAGAGAUAUCAAGCCGUCGAACAUUCUUCUGGGUGAUGACGGGCAUGUUCAAAUUGCUGAUCUCGGAGUAUGCAAUGAGUUCGAUGGUAAUGACGCCACUCUAAAUAACACAGCUGGCACUCCAGCUUUCACUGCUCCAGAAGCUAUAUCAAGCUGCGGAAAUUUCAGCGGCAAGGUACCAUCAGAUAGGCUACUUCUGUUGAAAGCAUCUGACAUCUGGUCCCUGGGAGUCACUCUUUUUGCUUUCGUUUAUGGAGCUCUGCCCUUCACAGCUGAAUCUGUGCCAGCUCUAUACUCUCUGAUUCAGAGCAGCCCAGUCAGCCUGCCAGAACAACCACUCAUCAGUGAACCACUCAGAGAUCUGCUCACCAAGAUGCUCCAGAAGGAUCCCACCAGGCGCAUUGAAUUGCCUGAAAUUAAGGAACAUCCGUGGGUGACAGCCAACGACUCUAGUCCUCUGCCCUCUGAAGAGGAGAAUUGCCAACUGGUCGAAGUGACUGAUGAAGAUGUGAGGAAAGUGGUCACAUCCAUCCCAAAGCUCGAUACUCUGAUUCUCAUCAAAACCAUGUUGAAGAAGCACUCAUUUCAGCCUUUUAAAUUCAUCAACUUAAAAAGUCUCGGAAGUGAUAAAAAGGCAUCUGAUUCAUGAAGCAUAACUCAGACUAUAAUCUUUUUUAAACCGAUUUUUGAAUCAAUACUAGUUUGUGAGUUCAUUGGCAAAUACAUAAAUUACCACAGAAUAAUUUUCACUUGGACAAACUAAUCAGUAUAAGUUACUAUCAUUCUGACUCACUCUACACGUUUUCAUCACUUUAUAAAGUUAAUUAUUGUCAGAAAUAUUACAUUGUUUGAAAGAAGAAUCGACGUACAAACUCAGUUUUUCAUCUGUUGAGUAAGUCAAACUUGGGCUAUUCACUACGAGAAUGAAUUUGAAUUAAUAGAUGCUUAGUAGAUACUCCUAGUUCAAUAAUUUCAUGAGAGUAUUUUCAAAUGUCUGAAAUAGCCUAAUUAGAAAUCAUUACAUCAAGUAGAAUUUGCAUGGAAGUUAACAGCUACACAUUUCCAUAUUAUAUUAUUAUGUAGCAUAAUGACAUUAACCUAAUGUACCGUACAUGAUGAAAACAUUAAAAUAUUCAUUGAAC